AUUUCAUCGAAGACGAAUAAUUAAAACGCUAUGAAAAUUGUCAAUACAUCGGGAAAGAGAUCCGUGGAGAUAUGAACUUCGCGCAGUUCACGGGCCACAUCCCGGCUGGCGCGGCCAUCCCGACCAUCCAGCAGUUCGCAGCCAAAUUUGGUUACGAAGGUGGCGGUGGCGGCGGCGGUGUGGUGCAGGAGACGCGCUACGCAUCGGCCGGGGGCUCCGGCGCGCAGUUCGUGGCGCCCGGCGCCCUGCCCGCUGACGUUAAGUUCCGUCAGGCUGAGAGCGUGGUGGUGGUCAGCUCUGCGCAACCCGGCACUGUUGCUCUGGCCGGCCUCACGCCCCUGCACACUGGAGUGAAGUACCAGACGAUAUCGUCGUCGUCGGUGAACGUGGGAGGUGUGGCUUACGCGGGGGCGGGCGCGGGCGGCGGAACGGGUUACGUGCAGACCGACACCGUGCACCAGCUGAAGGCCGAGCAACGCAUUGACAAGCGCGAGUACCGGGAGGAGCUGCACCAUGACCUCAUGGCCACCAUGAUGCAGCAGCAAGGCGGGGCUGCGCUGCAGGCGGGCACGCAGCAACUAGUGGUGGUGCUGCACGAACCCAAGGAGGCGGCGGCGUUCGCACGUGCCAUAAAACAGGAGGGCCGCCUUGACCGCAACGGACAACCAGCUGAAUUCAUCAGUAUCGGCGACGUGACGGACACGUCAACGUGGCAGACUCUGGGCGGCGGCGUAGCGGACUAUCUGUCCGCGCUGCCGCUGCCACUGCACCACCUCCUCAAGUACUCGGCACCUGAAAAGCGCGAGGAUCAGCCAGCAAUUGUCACAGCCGUCUCCGCUAAUGCACUGCCCACCAUACCCUCACUGACUCCGGUGGCGACAAACGCAGUCAACAGCGUGGUGGUACAGACUGCUAUUGUCAACCAGAACUUGACAUCAAAUACUACCACCAUAACUAUAUCAAAGAAGAAAAAGAAAAAGAAAACCCUAAAGGAGAAAAAACCGCGGCCUAAGCCUGGAGAGAUACGACUGACGACUGCUUUAGACGGCAGCACGCUGUACUGUUGCCCCGAGUGCCACAUGGCGUACCCUGAGAGGGGGUUGCUAGAACAACAUUUAGUUGGACACACUAUGGAGAGGAGGUUCAUUUGCGACAUCUGCAACGCGGCGCUAAAGCGUAAGGACCACCUGACGCGGCACAAGCAGUCUCACAACCCAGAGCGCCCGCACGUCUGCUCCGUCUGCAUGAAAGCGUUCAAGCGCAAGGAACAGCUCACCUUGCACUUCGUCAUACACUCCGGCGAGAAGCGACACAUUUGCAACGAAUGUGGAAAAGGUUUCUACCGUAAAGAUCACCUUCGCAAGCACACGCGGUCGCACAUCGCGCGGCGCGUGAAGGCCGAGCUAUCGCAGCAGUCGGGUGGUGCACCGCUGUCGCAGCCAGCCGCGCCCGCGCCCGCUCCAGUCGCCACGCCUUCCUGACCCGACGACAAGAACGACCUGCUCACACUUAUACAAGCCGCCAAGGACGUCUUCUGACAGUAGCAGUAAAAACAUUUCCCGCCAAAAACUAAAUGAUGACAUUUGACAACUUCACAUAGUCAUAGACAAUCUACUAUCAUAGACAAAGUUGUUUUAUGGAUGAUCGGAAACAUUUCAUGUUUUCUCAUGUAUGAUUUCCUUUUUAAAACACAAAGAAAAAGGUUAUUUUCUUGUAAAGCCAGAAACGUUUGAUUUUAAAAAGAUUUUGUUUUGCAUUAUUAUUUGAUUAUUUUAUAACGUGUUAAAAUAUCGCUUUAGCUGUUUCACUAAUUAAAUAAGACUAUCGAGAAUCUCGCAUACUUGCUUUGACGAUAAUGAUCUGCAUUGGUGUAUUAAAGAUAUAUUUAUUGACAUGUUAAAGAGUAUAUAUCGUAUACUGUUGGAUGAAAAGUAGAGAAUGACUGGAAAUUGAAUGCAUAGUAAAAUUUAAAUUAAUAAGAUGUAAAUGCAAGAUAUUUAUGUAUUCACGCGAUUUAUUUGUUGUCACGGGCACAAAUUUAUUCGAGAAGAAAUCAUGUUAUGCGAUU